UUUUACCAGAUCAAAAGCCUCAAAAUUUCAGUUAAAAAAACUCCUGCACAAAAUUUCUCCCAAAUUUUCAAACAUUCAUCACUCUCAACCUCCAGUUCAUCAUCCAAAUCCAACAAAGAAUCCCUACAUUUUUGAAAUUGGUGAACGCAGAUUCAAAAUUCGAUCACAAGGAAUUCGAACAAUUCAAAGUUAAUUGUACAGAAAAAUGGCGGCAGAUGAUGUGCCAUUGGACGAUAAGGCGAAGAGAAUGAGAGAUCUGUUAUCGAGCUUCUAUUCGACGGAUCAAACAAGUUCAGUAGCUAAUUCAAGUACAGUUUCUUCAAAGUAUGCUACAUUGGAUACAAUUAAUUCCCCUUCCUUUGAUCCUGACCAUUACAUGAAUCUAUUGGUACAGAAGUCAAACUUAGAAACACUACUUCAACGACAUGUCGAAAUGGCAGCUGAGAUAAAAAAUCUGGACACUGAUUUGCAGAUGUUAGUGUAUGAGAACUACAAUAAGUUCAUCAGCGCCACAGAUACAAUUAAAAGGAUGAAUAGCAACAUUGUGGGCAUGGAAGCAAAUAUGGAACAACUACUUGAGAAGAUAUUAUCAGUGCAAUCUAGAAGUGAUGGGGUCAACACAUCACUGUUUGAGAAAAGGGAACAUAUAGAAAAGAUGCACCGCACUCGCAAUCUUCUACGAAAAAUCCAGUUCAUAUAUGAUUUACCUGAAAGACUCGGGAAGUGCAUUAAAUCUGAAGCUUAUACUGAUGCAGUCAAGUUCUACACCGGAGCAAUGCCCAUAUUUAAGGUAUAUGGAGACUCGUCAUUUCAAGACUGUAAGAAAGCAUCUGAAGAGGCAGUGAGCAUCAUAAUUAAAAAUCUACAGGGAAAACUUUUUUCAGAUUCAGAAUCCAUCCAAGCUAGAGCUGAAGCUGUAAUGCUUCUCAAACAGCUGGACUUCCCGGUGGACAACCUAAAAGGUCAAUUAUUUGAAAAGUUGGAGCAAUCCCUUGGGGACGUACAAUUCCACUUUGAUGGGAAAAGUGGCUAUUUCGCAAAAUCGGAUGAGUUUGCUAAACAAGAAUCACCUGAUUAUAUCCCUGCUGCUCAUGAGGUUUCAACUCGUGAGCUGGUGGAGGCGAUCCGUGCUUACCGAGUUAUAUUUCCGGAUUCCGAACAGCAACUUAUUAGAAUCUCACAUGAUCUUGUUAUCAAGCACUUUGAAACCAUUGAGAAUCACAUAAACAAUCCAAGUUCUUCAUCAGAGUUGUUGGGAAUGCUCAGACUUAUUUGGGAUGAUGUGCUUCUGUUGGAUGAAGUACUGCCUGAAGCAACUGUUGCUGAUGUUUGUUUGAAGGCUGCCAAUCAUGCCGUCAAGCAGUACGUUGCUGGCGCCUUUUCUCAUUUUUUGCAGGAUAUUUCUGAUUCACUGAUGAAAGUUCAAAUCAACCAAAAGGAGAGGGUGAAAGAAGAGCAUCCUUUGCAGGUUAUACUGGAGGCCAGCAAGAAGGCAGUUAUACAAGGGAGCAUGGGUGUCUUGCUGGACUUCCGCCAACUUUUGGAUGACAGCCUUCCUCUGCUAAGUAGCCUGAGAGAUUUGAUAAUUGAUUGGGUUCAAGAAGGAUUUCAAGACUUCUUCAGAUCACUUUAUAAUCGCUUCCUAUUGCUUUCGGGGAAAAAUAAUUCAGCUAGUCAUGUUUUAGUUUUCCAUGAUGGCAUUCAAGGAGAUAAAACUGUUGCGGGUCUUGUUCUUGUUCUGGCUCAGCUCUCGGUUUUCAUAGAUCAAAAUGCCAUUCCAAGAAUUACUGAGGAGAUUGCAACUUCAUUUUCUGGCGGUAGUGUUCGGGGAUAUGGGAGUGGCCCUGCAUUUGUUCCUGCAGAAAUUUGCAGAAUUUAUCGAUCAGCUGCUGAAAAGUUUCUGCACCUUUACAUAAAAAUGAAGACCCAGAGAGUUUCAGUUCUCCUGAAAAAGCGGUUUACAACACCAAAUUGGAUAAAGCACAAGGAGCCCAGAGAAGUUCACAUGUUUGUUGAUUUAUUUCUCCAAGAGUUGGAAGGAGUACUGUCUGAAGUGAAGCAACUUUUACCCGAGGGGCCCACUCGUAAACAUCGCCGUGCUGAUAGUAUUAGCAAUGGCAGCACAACAUCUUCACGUAGCAAUACGUUGCGUGAUGACAGGCUGCUAACCCGAUCUAAUACUCAAAGGGCUAGGAGUCAGCUGCUUGAGACGCACCUAGCUAAAUUAUUUAAGCAGAAAAUGGAAAUUUUCACUAAAGUUGACGCUACACAGGAUUCUGUCCUAACUACAAUAGUGAAGCUUUGCCUAAAAAGUCUGCAAGAGUUUGUUCGAUUGCAGACUUUCAACCGGAGUGGAUUUCAGCAGAUCCAGCUGGACACACAGUUCUUGAAGAAUUCUAUAAAGGAUAACGUGGAAGAUGAAGCCGCUGUUGACUUUUUGCUUGACGAGGUGAUUAAUGCUGCUGUAGAGCGUUGUUUGGAUCCAAUCCCUUUAGAGCCCCCUGUUUUAGACAGACUUAUACAAAUGAAGUUGGAAAAACCCAAGGAACAACAAACAGUUGCCACUCCAUAACUGUGAACAGUCUCUCUUUAUAACAUUUGAUACUUGCAACAAACUCCUUUGCCGAUCUCUCAUAUUGUGCAAAUUCCAAGUAAGGUGCGGACUCUUUGAUAUUCUGGACGGUCCCAUACAAGGGAUACGAGACUUGAUUUGUGCAGUUGAUUUGCGGUUUGGCUACUGUUGUUGUGAUGCUUUUGAGAACAGUGCAUAAUCGAGGAUCUGAAUUGUAAUGUUGAGGAUCUAUACCAGAAGAACAGAUGUUUCAACACUGUAUCUUUUCAAAUAUUCAAUUUUAACUUCUCUCUUCCUAUCUUUCCUUCUCUUUAGCAACCAAUGCUGUUGUUAUGUAACAACAAUGUUUCUGCUUCCAAAAGCUUGAAAUCUCUGUUUUAUUUGGAGAAUGUAUUAGCAGAUUGGACA